AUGGUUAAAAGACUCAGAUCCCUGCGAAGGGACUUCAAUCACAUCAAUGUAGAACUCAGUCUUCUUGGAAAGAAAAAGAAGAGGCUCCGGGUUGACAAAUGGUAGGGAAAUAGAAAAGAACUGGCUACUGUCCGUACUAUCUGUAGUCAUGUACAGAACAUGAUCAAGGGUGUUACAUUGGGCUUCCGUUACAAGAUGAGGUCUGUGUAUGCCCACUUCCCCAUCAACGUUGUUAUUCAGGAGAAUGGCUCUCUCGUUGAAAUCCGAAAUUUCUUGGGUGAGAAAUACAUACGCAGGGUUCGGAUGAGGCCAGGUGUUGCUUGUUCUGUAUCUCAAGCCCAGAAAGAUGAGUUAAUUCUUGAAGGAAAUGACAUUGAACUUGUAUCAAACUCAGCUGCUUUGAUUCAGCAAGCGACAACAGUUAAAAACAAGGAUAUCAGGAAAUUUUUGGAUGGUAUCUAUGUUUCUGAAAAAGGAACUGUUCAGCAGGCUGAUGAAUAAAAUAUAUGUUGUCCAGCUACAGAGACAGCAAGAGGCCGGAUGAUUUUUCAGACUUACUUGUGAUACUUUAAGGAUGCAAUAAAACUAUACUGAUUUGG